GAGCUUCCAAACAGUUCGGCUCUCCUGUCCAACAUCCAACACACCCUCGAUCCGCCCAACAAAUUCUCGAAUCUAUCCUCGAUUUCGGUUGCGUCUGGAGUCGAGAGCGCCCCAGAAAAUAGCGGUCGAUUUUUGACAAACCGAACCCGAUUUUUCUACCUACCCCUCAUCACGUCACGAUGCCGGGCCUCGUUUCUGCGACGGGCGUGCUGGGCUUCCUGGCUGACGAAGAGCCGGAGCUCAAGGUGUUUGCUCUCAAGACCCUCAACGAUGACAUCGAUACCGUUUGGACCGAGGUCGCAGGGGCAUUGAGCCAGAUUGAGGCGCUGUACGAAGACGAGAGCUUCCCCGAGCGUCGGCUCGCCGCCCUUGUGCUCGCCAAGGUCUACUUCCACCUCCAGGACUACAAUGAGAGCAUGACCUUUGCGCUUGCCGCGGGUCCUCUCUUCAAGCUCGAUGCGCCCAGCGAGUUCGAGGAGACUAUCAUCUCCAAGUGCGUUGACCAGUACAUCGCCGUCUCAUCGUCACGCCACACUCCGGCCAAGCAGUCCAAGAACGACGUUGCGCUGCCCGCCCUUGCCACCACUUUUGGCAGCGGCUCUCUCGAUGGCUCGGCCUUGAUCUCGCCCACCACCCCCUUCUCGCAGUCCAUGUUGCCUUCAAAGUCCCUGCUGUCGCGCGACUCAGUCGACAACACAAUUUUGGACCCUUCUUUCCAGCCGACGAAGGAGGGACGCUCCGCCUCGGUGGCCCAGAUAACAGACAACACCACCUGGACCUCUCUGGAGAACGUCAUUGAGCGGUUGUUUGAGAGCUGCCUGAUCGAGAGCAAGUACCGGCAGGUGGUUGGUAUUGCCGUGGAAGCGAAGAACUUGGACGUGCUCCGCAGGGUUAUCAAGCGGGCUAGUGAAGAGGGGAAGCGGGACAAGUCCAAGGCGCAAGAGGGUGCCCAGGGUCCGGCCGAGGAGUUGAUGGACUAUGCCCUCAGCGUUUGCAUGGAUAUUGUCCAGGAACGCGGGCUCCGGACCGAGAUUCUGCGCCUGAUCCUCGACCUCCUAAAUGACAUCCCGAACCCGGAUUACUUCGCUAUCGCCAAGUGCGUUGUUUACUUGGACUCUGACGAGGAGGCUUCUUCGCUACUUCUUCAGCUCAUCACCAAGGGCGACAACAACGCGAUUGCAGUUGCCUAUCAAAUCGCCUUCGACCUCUACGACAACGGGACACAAGAGUUUUUGGCCAAGGUGAUCAAAGCUCUGCCCUCUGGUGAGCCGCCGAAGAAGCCCGAAGCGGAGCAGCCAGCCGAGGGCGCUGCUGAAUCCGAACCCCUGCUGGAAAACGAGGAGAACACCGAAGAAGAGCUGCCCGAGGAGGUUGCAAAGGUUUACAGGAACGUCCGAUCAAUUCUCGAUGGAAGCACCACGAUCAAGCUGAACCUCGAGUUUCUCUAUCGCAACAACCAUACCGAUUUAAGCAUUCUUAACAAGGUCCGCGACAGCUUAGAGGCUCGCAACUCUAUUUUCCACACCGCGGUCACCUUCUGCAACGCCUUCAUGAACGCCGGAACCACCCACGACAAGUUCUUCCGAGACAACCUUGAAUGGUUGGGCAAGGCUGUGAACUGGUCCAAGUUUACGGCUACUGCUGCGCUCGGCGUUAUCCACCGUGGAAAUACUAGCCAAUCCCGUAAACUCCUCGAGCCAUACCUCCCGAAGCAAGGAGGGGUAUCAAGCGGUUCUAUCUUCAGCCAGGGUGGCGCCCUUUACGCCUACGGUUUGAUUCACGCGAACCACGGAGCUGAGGCGUUGGGCUACCUCCGGACCAUGUUCAACGCCGCCGACGAGGAAGUCAUCCAGCAUGGCGGUGCCCUGGGUCUAGGUAUUGCCGGUAUGGCUUGCGGCAACGAGCAGAUUUACGAGGAACUCACAAAGGUGUUGUUUGCGGAUUCUGCACUCAAUGGUGAGGCUGUUGGCUUGGCCGUUGGCCUGAUCAUGUUGGGAACCGGAAACGCCAAGGCUCUGGAGACCAUGUUCACUUACGCCCACGAGACGAGCCACGAGAAGAUCGUCCGCGGCUGUGCUCUCGGCAUGGCGCUCAUCAUGUAUGGGCGGCAAGAAGGGGCAGACAGCAUGAUCGAGGGUCUUUUGAACGAUCCCGACCCGACACUGCGGUAUGGAGGUAUCCUCACCGUGGCCCUGGCGUACUGCGGAACGGGAAGCAACAAGGCGGUCCGGAAGCUCCUGCAUACCGCCGUCAGUGAUGUCAACGACGACGUGCGCCGGAUUGCUGUCAUGAGUCUCGGCUUUAUCCUCUUCCGCAAGCCCGGCAGCGUUCCUCGCAUGGUCGAGCUGCUUGCCGAAUCGUACAACCCCCACGUACGGUAUGGCUCCGCUAUGGCCCUCGGCAUCGCAUGCGCCGGUACUGGACUGGACGAGGCUAUCGAUCUGCUCGAGCCGAUGAUGAAGGACCCGACCGAUUUCGUCCGGCAGGGCGCGCUCAUUGCGCUAUCUAUGAUCAUGGUUCAGCAAAAUGAGGCCAUGAACCCCAAGGUUACCGCCAUCCGCAAGACCUUGAGGAAAGUGGUCGGUGACCGCCACGAGGACGCCAUGACCAAGUUUGGUGCCGCCCUUGCCCUGGGUAUCCUCGAUGCUGGCGGCCGAAACUGCACUAUCGGUCUGCAGACGCAGACGGGUAACCUCAACAUGGCGGGUAUUGUCGGGAUGGCCGUCUUCACUCAAUAUUGGUACUGGUUCCCGUUCACGCACUUCCUUUCCCUCAGCUUCGCGCCUACGUCGAUCAUCGGCCUCGACCAUGACCUUGAGAUGCCCAGCAUCAAGUUCCACUGCGCAACGCGCCCGAGCCUGUUCGACUACCCCCCUGAGCAGGAAGUCAAGGUGGAGGAGGGACCCGCCUUGGUUACGACUGCUAUUCUGUCGACUACCGCCCAGGCCAAGCGCCGCGCUCAGAAGAAGGAGCGCGCGCAGCGUCGCGAGAGCAUGGACAUCGACACCCCCACCAUCACCAAGGCGCCCGCGCCGGCCGGUGACAAGAUGGACGUAGACGACGAGAAGAAGCCCAAGGCGGAGGAGUCGAAGGAGAAAGAGGGCGACGUGGCGGUCGAGAAAGAAGACUCGGCUACGCCGGAAUCGAAGAAGAAGGCUGAGAAGGAGAGGGUGGGUUACGAGAUCGAGAACAUGUCGCGUGUCCUCCCGGGCCAGCUCAAGUACAUUAGCUUCCCUGCCGGGCGCUACAAGCCAGUGAAGAAGCCCACUGGCGGCCCGAUUCUCCUCGACGACACGCAACCCGGCGAGGCUAAGAGCCUGAUCGAGGAGAAGCUCAAGAAGGUCACCACCGAGCGUGCUCCUGUGGCGGGCGCCGCGGCGGCCCCUGGUACUACCCCGCGCAACGCGGCGCAGUCGCUGCUCUCGAACUGGUCCUCGCGGGCGAUGACCGGCGCUGGCAGCGGCAGCAACAUUCAGGACCUGAACGACCUGCUCCAGCUUACGGCGCGUGGGGCACAGGGACGUGCGGCCGAGGUCGGUAGCGGAGCCGCCGCCGCGGCCGGUGUGCUCACGGCUGUGGAUGAGGAUAAUGAGGGCGACGAGGAGGCUCCGGCUCCGGCGGACUUCGAGUACUUCACGGAUGCCGAGGAGGACGAGGAGUAAAGGGGGCUGGUGAAGAGAGGAGCGCUGUAUAUUACUGUUGUAAUUUUGCCUUGGGAGAGGCAAGGAUAGACAAUCUUGACCCCUCGGGAGUAUUGCGCCGUUUCGAUCGUCCCUUAUCCCCCAGUGCUCAGCGUUUCCCCUGCCCUACCAUAUUUGGAAUGCUGCACCGAUGGCAACAGUGGUUGCUCGACAGAGCGCUUG